AUGACCGAUGACGGGAAUGACGACUUCGGCCUUCUGAAUCAGAAUCGCGGAGACGGUACAGACUUGGGGGGCAAAACGAAAAGCGACCCGUCCGCAGCACCUCCGGCCUGGAGUGAGCUCAAAACCAAGGCUGGCAAGGACCGGAAACGCUUGCCGCUCGCCUGCAUUGCCUGUCGGCGUAAGAAGAUACGUUGCUCUGGCGAAAAGCCUGCCUGCAAACAUUGCAUGAGAUCACGCAUCCCCUGCGUAUACAAGGUCACCACUCGAAAAGCCGCCCCUCGCACCGACUACAUGGCCAUGCUCGACAAGCGACUCAAGCGCAUGGAAGAGCGUAUCAUCAAGAUAUUACCGAAAGCCGAACAAGAUACAAUAUCGUCCAUCCCCCGAGCCGUGGUCAAGCCCGCCAUCCCCGGAACCGGCACAUUGGCGUCAGGCAAGGCUUCUGCCAAGAAGCGCAAUGUUGACGAAGCCUUCGGCCGAGAUCUCGAGGCUUGGGCCAAAGCACCUAGACCCAAGCUGCCGGAAGACAAUGUGGCCGACACGCCAGAAUCUCGCGAAGCCGCCGAGAACGAGCUGCUGCGCGAGGGCCGAGAGGCUCUUCCCCCUAAAGACGUCCAGGAGCACCUUGCCGAGGUCUUCUUCGAUAACGUCUAUGGCCAAUGUUACCAUCUCCUCCAUAAACCGAGCUAUAUGCGCAAACUAAAGAAUGAUACCCUUCCGCCAGUGCUCGUCCUCUCUGUGUGCGCCAUUGCAGCGCGCUUCACCUCGAGCCCAAAGUUCAACUCGGCCACCAAGCAGUUUAUGCGAGGAGAGGAAUGGGCUUCUCAUGCUAGGGAAAUCUGCACCAAGAGGUACGACUGGCCAAAUAUCACGAUACUGACUUGUCUCCUCAUCUUGGGAAUGCACGAAUUCGGGACAUGUCACGGCGGUCGCGCCUGGGCCCUUGGCGGGCAGGCUAUCCGAAUGGCCUUUGCUCUCCACUUGCACAGAGACCUGGAGUAUGAUCCUCAGUCGCGGAACAAGAAGAUCAAGCUGAGCUUCAUCGACCGCGAAAUCCGUCGCCGUGUCAUGUGGGCCUGUUUUAUCAUGGAUCGAUUCAACUCGUCUGGGACAGACCGCCCUGUUUUCAUCAAAGAAGAGUCCAUCAAGAUACCUUUACCCGUCGCCGAGAAGUACUUCCAGUUCGACAUACCGGUGCGCACCGAAUAUCUCGACGGCAGCCUCCCCCCGGCUUGUGAGACAACUCAACAAGGCCAUCUGGACACUCCUCGCGACAACAUGGGGGCCUCUGCCUACAUCAUCCGAUGCGUCUCCAUUUGGGGCCGUAUCGUCACAUACCUGAACCAGGGUGGCAGAGAGCAGGAUCCAUAUCCGAUGUGGAAUGAAAACUCUGAGUAUGCGAAACUGGUGCGAGACACGGAAGCGCUGUUGCGCAGUCUUCCAGAAAACCUGCAGUGUACGCGCGAGGCCCUGGAGAUUCACCGGGCGGAGAGCACCGCAAAAUAUCUCCUGUACCUGCACAUGGCCAUCCAGCAAAACUUCAUCUUCCUACACCAAGCUGCAGUCUCCUUCUCUAAAGACCGAGUCGACGAGGAGGCACCCGAUGACUUCGUCUCGCAAGCCAGCAUGAAGACCUUUGCGGCAGCCAACAAGAUAUCGGACCUUAUCAGAGAUGCGGAAGAGGUGCAGUGCAGUAUAGCAACGCCCUUUGCCGGGUACUGCGCCUUCUCCUCAGCAACUAUCCACAUCACUGGUAUCUUCUCUGGAAAUCCGGCGCUGAAAGCUACGUCAGAGGCCAAUUCUAGCGUCAACGUAAGGUUCCUGCGCAACAUGAUGAAGUACUGGGGCAUGUUCCACUGGAUGGUAGAGAACAUCCGCAUCCAGUUCCGGAAUGCGCUGGAUGCCGCCCGCACUGGCGGCCCGAGCAAUGGCAGUACUGCAUCGUCACCGAUAUUGCAGUAUGCCGACUGGUUCAACCGCUAUCCUCACGGAGUCGCGGACACGGAUUACAUGGAUCCCGCCGUCUAUAGGAAGAAGGAGCGUGGAGAGGAUGGCGCAUUGGAGCAAAAGCCAGAGCUGCAAUCGAUCGAGGAUUUCUUCAUGACCGUAGGGCCGGUUAUGAGUGACAAGGACGGAUCGAGGUCUGGGCCAUCAAAGCGGAAAGCCCCCUUGAAGAAGCCAGUUGUGUCAACCUCGGGUAACGCCGACCAGCAGAAGUCCAGUGACGAACAAUCGGCGACGAUGAGCGGGCAGCAUCUUCACGAGCAGAUGAGGCUCGCCAUGCAACGUCAGCAGCAACAGCAACAGCAGCAGCAGCAACCGCAACAACAUUCUCGACAACCACCCAGGUUCUCGGACGCGCUCGGGAUACAUUCCCCCAAUCCAUCUGGCUUCAAUCCUCUCAAUGCAUCGCAGCCUCAAAACUCGACAUAUCCUACCAUGCCAUCCAUCGGCCCCGCCAAUGCCGCACAGUAUGCCCAAAGCAUGCCUCUGCAGAACUUCUUCUCCACAGAUCUGCUCACCAUGAACCUGGAACAGCCCAACGGCAUAAUGGAUUCACUCGGCAAGCAGCUCUCUUACAAUGAUUUCUCCAUGGGUGCCGGAGGCGUCAUAAUGAACGGAUCUGGCGGCUGGGGAAACAUGUCCGGG